CAGUUUACUCCAGGUAUGGAGGAAGUACAGAGUGUCCGAGGGAAGGGUUGGGUUAAGUUUGAUGAGGAAGAUGGAGCUCAAACUUCACAAUCAGAUUCUACGGAUAAUAAUCAAACCCCUGGAUCCCUCGAGGUUACAGACUCCCACAGUGUAGAUGUCGAAUCAUUGCGGAAAAAGUCAAUUGAAAGUCCGACCAAACCUACUCUCUCCUCCCAACCUGCUCCCAUAUCAGCUCCAUUAACCCAGGUAAACCUUGGAACUCAUCCUGAGCAACAGAGACAGUUUGAUUCUGGUGAAGUUCUGGUGACUCUGCUGCCGGUCAAUGAUAGAUUACCCUGGAUAACACCUGCCAGGUUCAGACCAGAGCUAGUUCCAGAGGAGUUAAUGGCUCCCUCAUUAACAUUGACGGUAGAGGACUAUGUAAACAACCUGGAGAAGUUAACAACAGACAUUAGGUUCACAUUGUACAACAUCUUCUACAAGAGGAUCCUCGUUAUCUGGAUAGUCUCAGCCUUCCUCAUCCUACUCGGAAUCCUAUUCGGGAAUAAACAGCCCGGCCUCGUUCUUUUCGGUCUUGGAAUUGCUUGGCUCGUACUCAAUGCCGCGGCAAUAUUUCUAUGUAUGUGGGUUAAACUCAAGUUGAAUAAGUCCCUGGAGAAGUGUAUGGCGAGGGUGAACGGAGGACUAAUCAAGCAUAAACUACUCCUGGGUCUAGAUGAUCGGGGUAAACUCUCCUGUCACAAGGUAAACCUGUGUUUCAUGUACUUGGAUGCAUCCCCUUGUAUCACAUACCUGGAGAAGUUAUUGGAUAACAAACCCGACGACAGGGCAGAGAACGGAGUCGUUUUUGAUAGAGAAGCUUAUCUUCGAGAUGUAGAGGGGUUCGAUGAUACAGAGAUUGUUGUAUCUGGACGGAACUCUGUUAGGGUCGGAGGAAAGACGGAGAGAGCGGAGAAACUCUUCCUUCAUUACAGCCAAAGGUGGGCAAAAGAGUAUCUGCGGAGAAGGUUGGAUUGGAUGGUUGAAGAUCUGUAUGGUAGACAAGAUUACUCAAGUAAUAAUAACCCUAGGCAUAUCAGAACUGCACUCUGUCCGUGUCAGUUUAUUGAAGAACAUCUGAAGAACAAGAGACAUAGAGAUUCCAUGAAUCCCUGCCAUUGGAAGGGGAAUCCGUGCCAGUGGUGUGAUUAAAUAUAAAAAAGUGUCAAAAAUAUUUCAAUUUGUUAAAAAAUUGAAAAGACAGACUGUGAGUGAAGUGACCUGAGAUUGAAUAAAAAUCAUCUGCUCGUCAAAAUUCGAUGAAUAUUUUUUUUAAAUAAUACAAAAAUUAAAAAAUUGAAGCAAAAACUUAUCAAAAUCACAAUUUUACCAUAAAUACGUUAGAGUUUAUUUUUACAUUAUUAAAUAAACGUUUUGCUUUAUACUGUGCAAGAGAAAUACUUACAUCGAUGCCAACUUAUUGACUAUUGUCUUUUUUUAAAAUUUAAUAUUAAAUUUUUUAAAAAAAUUUUAAAUUCCAGUUUUCUAUAAAUUAAAGC